GAGCCAGGGAUUGAACCACCAACCGCCCGAUCAGUAGAUGACCUGCUCUACCUAGCUGCAGCCACCCCAAGUGUGACAGAUGUCGGUGAUGAUCAGGGGAUUGAGGUCUAACAGCAGCAAGAACAUUCAGUUGGCGUCCAGUGUUGUUUUUACAGUCCCACUGAGUUCCCCGUGAAUAUUAUCAGUGUGUUACUAGCUUUGUACAGCGUAAAUGAAACGUGUGCUUACUCAGCUUGGAACUUCCAGGUUGGAGUAAUCUGCUGGUAGCUUCAUGGUGUCUGUAAACUUGAUUUUUCAGAGUCUUAACAAUCCAUUCAAAUUUGGCUCAGAUCUACCAAAGUCUCCAAGGUCAUUGUUCAAAACAUCGACCUCUGACCUCUCCUUCAAGGUCAGUCAUUUGAUUUAGCAGACAUCUGCACUCGAAGUGCUUCUUGGUGAUCUUUGUAAAUAUUGUGACUUUUUCCCCCCUCAAUGAAAUGAAAAGUCAUGUAUGUUGUAUAUGUCAGCCGUCAUGUUUAGUCUUUGGCUUUCGGCCUCAGAGAGACGUAGUUCUUCUUGUAAUUAAAUUAGUUAAUAUCUAACUAACUAAAGAUUAUACUUUUUCUUUUAUUUGGCUUUAAUUGAUAUCUUAUGUAACUGUAUUAUUCAGUUCCAGUGUACGGCACUUUGGUUGUUUUAAAGUGCUUUAUCAAUAAAGAUGAUGAUGUUGACUGUAUGAGCAGUCACAGUGUUGUCUGUCAUUGUGUGAAGCUUUAAGCUCUCUGCUAUUAAUACCUCACAGAAACAUGUUAUCAACCUGCCUCUGGAUCCCUUCAUGCUUCUCACUCGUCCUGUCUUUCUACUCUUCCUUCACCCCUUUUAUUUUUUACUUUGGGCGUCAGUCUCCCAGCUACCUGUGUCAUUUCUCUGUCUUUCAGUCAUAUAUACAAAGAAAAGAUAUGAAUGUAUGUUUUUGUUCUGCGUGUGGAAUCCAAAGUGAGGCUCCCUGUCAUAGUUUCCACUAAGAAACAGCAUCAGGAGGCAGUGAUGUCAGCUCUGUCUCCCACUCUCUCGCACAGACGCAGUCACUGCCCUUCAUUCUGUAUGAUUAGUCAGUGUUGUAUCUGUCAGUGGAGGAAUAGGAAGAGAGAAGAAAAUAGAUUUCCCUCCUCCUUCCACCGAUGAUUGGCCUGCAGUGAAUGAGACCAGGAAAAAGAGAGGAGGGGACUGUGGCUAAUGCGUCAUAGGCUGGCAGGGCCUCAUUUAAGUGGCUUUGGAUCUGGGAGAGAGAGAGAGAUUAAAGUGUGAGUGACAUUUUCAGCUCUCCACACCCAAAUCUCUGGAAAAUUCCUUGAGUUUUCAGUCUGCUGCUGAGCGAGACAGGAACAAGCUGCAGCAGAAGAAAACGCAGAUUAGCAAAUGUUAGAUGUUGUUUUCAAUUUCUAACUUUAGAUUCUCGUUUCAUAAUCUUGGAAUGUGCCGCACUGCCUCUCUAACGUUGUGGACUUGAUGUACUGUGGGCACCGAAGGAGGAAAACUGCUGCUGCGCAUGUGAAGCCAGUGCUGGGGAAGAACCCGACCACGGUCCUGUUUGGAACAUCCCGUUGUCUCUGCUUGUCCGUCACCCUGGGGAAAGCAACAGUCCUCCAACCUCGUCCCUCCUCUUCCUCAACUUCAUUGACUGUUACAGCAUUGCAUCGCACCCUGAACUCAGUUAUCAGGUCGAAAAGGUUGCGGAUCGGCGGGUCGCCUGUCAUGCACAUUAAGACCACUAAAUGUAACCGGUUCUGCCUGGUGGCCUCGGUGACCAGCCGGGAAUUAUUCCACCACUCUGAGGUGCAGGCUGGCUUUGAGGCCUUGUUCCGUUCAUUCGACUCGGAGGUGCAGUUCCAGUACUUCAAGUCGUUUCGGCGGAUCAGGAUCAGUUUCAGAGAUGCUCUGGCUGCAGCGGAGGCGAGACUCCGACUACAUAAGACGGACUUCAACGGCAAAGAAAUGAGACUUUACUUCGCUCAGUCUGUGCACAUAGGGAGUCCUCGGCUGGAGCCUCCCAAGCCAGAGAAGCAGUUCCUGAUCUCGCCUCCUGCUUCCCCUCCAGUCGGCUGGGAACAGUCUCAGGACGCCACACCGGUCAUCAACUAUGACCUGCUUUGUGCCAUCUCUAAACUGGGGCCAGGGGGGAAGUACGAGCUUCACACAGCAACACCAACCACUCCCAGCGUGGUCGUCCAUGUGUGCGACGACGAACGCGGUGACAGCUCCGCACCCGAUGACAGCGACCAGGAUGACAAGCCCCGCCCACCACGACCAAAGAUCAUUCAGACUCGACGGCCUGACUACACACCUAGAGUUGAGCAGUGAGCGGUGCUGACAGGGGAAUCUGUACUGUGUCAGCGUCGAUCAGCAGCUGAACACGCUCGCAGAGAUUUGGAUAAAACUGUGAGAAGGCGUCUGUGGGUGCUGCAAUAUCCAGCUGAAGCAAAUGACUAGAAUUGCAUGCUGCAUUUGUGUCGUGUUCGACAGACCGAAGCGGGAAAGGGUUUAAAUGGACUUACUGUACGACUGUUGAUAUCUGCUCUGGUGCUCCAUUUGUCUGUUAUUAAGGUGUGAAGCAACCUGCUUCAGCUUUUUCACAUUUUAGUGGCUUGUGUGCUCACUAGCAUGAAGUCAUGACAGUGUCCAUUGCUCUGCACUGUUGUCUGAUGUAUCUGCUUGGCCUAAACAAAGCUGGCCUCCUGCUGUCUUUGCUGCGACUCAGUUUCCCAAAAAAAGCAGUUUUCCUGGAAUUCUCUUGAGAGUAGUGUUUGAAGUUUGCUGCAUUCUGUGUGUGUUUUGGUUGUCUCAUAGCAAACAGCUGUUAUUAAAGGCACCCACAUAGGAAGUGAUUUGUAGUGACGGAGACCUUCAGGCAACAACUAUCAAGAUGGCUGCUGGUGGCGUGAAGUUUGGAGUUAACCCUCGAGAACCUGAAUGUCUGCAGGCCGCUGACUCUCAACAACACAGUGAUACACCGUGACCACAUCCUGCGUGGACGGCCGUUUACUCUUUGACUUAAAGUCCAACCAAUGUUUAUCUGUUACUUUAGAACGCCACACUUACCUGUUCGUGUCACUGACCAUGCCGUGCUUUAAAAAAACAGAUGACACUUUCUGCCAUGUGGGGGUUAAAUAGUGUUCUGAAAAAUGUCUUUCUGCCAAUGUGUGCGAGCGCUGCUGUUCAACCAGUGACUCAAGCCCCAAACACGCUGCCGGUUAUUUUGGGGCCUGUUUUGUACUUGUGGCACAUCAUGUCCUAUGGCUUCUACUAUGAAGCAGGAUGGUCAAGACAAAAAUGGUCUUAUCCAGGUCAUCUCAGGGUUAACCCUGGAUUUUCUUUACUUGGAUGGUGCAGUAAGACGUGGUAUAUAUCACUCAUGUACCCAUGGUAACUAACCUCUUAUAAAAAGAGGUUAUGAUAGAGAUCGCAGAUCACCACCUACGUACCAGUCUGUGCGGUCCCUCAGACCUCUGUGUGUGGAUACUGGGAGGGUCUAAAUUAUUUGUAGUGUGUGAAGUCUACAUGUUCGCUGCAAUUAAACAGUUUCAGUUCUGUGAGGAUUAGUGUAUGGUCCCAAAACAGAGCUCCUUGUUGUACUUGCUCAGUUUGUAUCAAAUGAAUUCUGCUCUUGUAUUUAUUCACUGUCAGGCUGCAGCUGAUACAAUAAAAACUCUUUCAAACAGA